UAUAGUGUUGUCCAAUCAGCUGAUUAUGGAUGUAAACAGACGCAGCAGCAGACAAGAUACCAGGAAAUAUUGGCUGGUCGCCUUGUUCGCCACAUUGGCCAUGUAGUUAUGAGGCACCCAAGGAAGACUUUUAGUAAUUUGAUUUAUGUGUGUGUAGUGUGUUGUGUGGUUAGCGUGACUCCCAGUAAGGAUGUGACAGUACUGAGGACAGGUGGAGACAGUACUGGAUACCACCAUGAUACACUCUGUCAUCAUAAUGAUGGUAAGCUAGAUGUUAAGGAAAAGGAGUACUCCAUGAAAAAUGUCACCUAUGAGAUCUUCGGCAUCGGCCAUCAUACUAGCAUUGCUGUCAGCAUCACAGAUAUUGAUGAAGAGAACAUCGGUUUCCUUAUAGUCCAGGCUCAUUCUCAGAAUCGAUAUCUCAUCCUUGGUCAUGAACUAACGCCAACUCCGGGUAAUUAUGUCAAUAGCACUAGCCCAGGACUGAUGGUUCAUCUGAACAGCUCAUCAAAUCCCUCAUACAAACAAACAUGUCACGUGUUUCUCACCAACUGUCACAAUAAAAAUAUUACUGUCUUAUUCAUGGUGCGGAAUUACAGUAGUGAUGAGCCAAUUCCUGGUAAUUAUAAGGCUCCACACAACCUCACUCAACCUUAUCUGGUAAUGGAACCCAACAUCCUAACAACAAAGGUCACCUACCGUGCUGCUUCCUAUCCUGAUUUAGGCCAUUCACUCGCAGACGGUCAACUCAAGUAUGAAACCUUUCUUGCUUAUAUGUAUGAGAGGGACUUGAGUGAGAAGAAAUACUGGAACAUGCUGAUUGCCACAAGUACUCUUCAAGGACUCAGGGAAAAUGCUAAAUCUGUAGCAGCAGCAGAGAACAAUACAGCUGAACAGCUGAACAAUUGGUUUGUUUCCUACUCUGGGGUUGGGGCUGUGAUCACUGUCGUUGUAUCGUACAAUAACUCUCAUGGCACACUCUACUCAUCUGCUGUCUCCUAUGGUUGUGAUUUCAUUGAGGCAGAAGAGUACAGAUGUACAAAACUUGUAACUCCAAUGGCAAAGUUGUUCUGUGCAUCGCUGCUCUUCAUUGGAGGUAUACUGCUUUUCCUGGGUCACCGGUGGUUGAAUUUCACCAUGUUCACCUCUGGCUUCCUUUUCUUCUGGUGUGUCUUUUUCCUCUUAUGUGCACAAGGCACAACCAGCAAUAUCAUUGCCCUGGAAUGGGGUACUUUAGUUGGAGCCCUAGCUGGUGGUGUAUUGUGGCUCAUAGGUUGGCACAAGUUCCAGCGACCCUUCCACUCAUCCUUGCUGAUUAUUGUCAUGGCCGUCAUCUUUGUAGGGAUGAUUAUCACUUAUUUCCUCAGAUAUGCCAUUGCACCCAAAACCACAAACCUUUCAGCAUUUGUGGUGUUUCCUGUCUUCUUUGCAGUGAUCAUCAUUGCCUAUUCCAUUGUUGAUAUUAAAAAGGUUCACAUUUUCUCCUGUACAUUGCUGGGUUCUUAUGCAUUUAUAGUUCCUUUUGCAUUUUAUUUUGGAUCAUCUCUAACAUAUAUAGUGAUUAAUGUAAUUGGACUCAUGACUGUGGUGAACUACUCAGCAGCUGUGGGAUACCCUCCAUUUCAAGUCUGUGAUAUCAUCUUGCUGUGUUUAUGGAUUAUACUUUUUACAUGUGGUACAGCUUAUCAGUUGUACAGAGAAAAGUCAAGUCCACCAUUUCAUCCACCCAACCUUUCCUCAUGGAGAGCUACUAAGAAGUUCUGCAACUUUGUCUUUGAUAAGCUGUUUGCUUGUCUACCCAUGAAUCCAGAUCCUGGGGGUGUGGAUAUAGAAGAUCAACCAAUGUGGAUUUUAAGAGUACAUUAUUCAUUUAGAGUCUUGUAUCAAAGAGUGACUUGCAGUAGGCAAGAUUCCUUGGAGUCUGGCUACGAGAGCUUCCAAAGGGUGCGUACUAUGUCUCAGUCAGAAGAUUCCAUUUUAGAUUGUAACGACUCAAAGUUUAAUAUUAUUAAGGCAAGAGUCUGUGAGUGGAUUGAGAGACUGCAGUCUUGGUUGAGAAGAGACAGAGAGAGACUUGUGCAGCGGGAGAGUGAAGAAUAUGAAGAGGCCCAGCUUCUUGAUGAUGGAGUGACAUGUUGCACCUUCAGAAAAUCUCAAGUGGUACUUGAUGAUGAGUACACAGAUAAUUCGCAGCACUGAAUUCUAUAAAUAUAGACAGCAAAACAGUUUAAUGCUUUAUCACUAGAUAGAGAUUUUUCCAAAGACAUAACUGCUAAAGCAUUGCCAUGUGGUAGUUGGGGCCAGUCCUGGUACAACAUUACAGCUCACAUUGUGCUCCCUUGGUACGUGGAAUAAUGGACAGUCGGCUCAGUUUUUCCGAAUAUGCUUAUUAUUGCCCAUAUUUAUUUUCUUUAUACAUGUGAAUUCACAUGCAU